AUGUCAAGAGAGAAUCAAAAGUCAGUAACAUUAUGGUAUUUGGGAGGCUGCAGUGCUACAUUUUAUGAAUUACGAGAUGACGGAAAGAUCCCCAUCAGCACUGUGGAGUUUCGAGAUAAGGCCUUUCUUGCCUUUCGACAGGUGGAUAUCUUGACAAUUGCUCCACCUGCUGUACAGUUUCUUCGAAAUUUGACGUCGUUACAAAUACAGAAUAAUCAUCUAUGCACUUUACCGUCCGAAAUUUGGCGCCUUACCAAUCUACAGUUAUUGAAUGUGGGUCAUAAUCGUCUUAGUGACUUGCCUAUCGAGAUAGGAUUACUAUCCAAUCUAAAGGAACUCUACGUGCAUCAUAAUGAGAUCAAGGUGAUCCCUUCACAGGUGUCUAACAUGACUGAUUUGACCGUGUUGGAUCUGACAGAUAACCAGCUAAACUAUUUACCGGCAGAAGUGACUCGAAUGGAGCUAAAAAAUCUUUGGAUCGAUAACAACCCAUUUCAACUUGUGGAAAGCAAAAAAAACGAAUUCAUAUCACUCAAGACAAUCUGCCUACAGAUCAUUGGCACGAUUUGUCUACAGGACGAAGUAUCAAGGCAGACCAUCCAACAGGAAGUCGAUCUAUUACAACCUUUUCCCGAAUUAUCCAUACAGGACCCUCAAUUAUUAGCGAAAUGCUUUGAUUGCGAUCAGUAUCUAUUCCACUCGAAUUUAAACUAUUUCAAACCUGGUAAAAUACCUCUUUUAUACAAGGCCUGCAGCCAACAAUGUUUAAUAAACAUCAUCGGUCGGGAUUAA